AUGGCUGCUGCCACGCCUUCUCCUGAGUAUCUCGCCGAGACGCGGGGGCCGAUGAUUCGGACUGUGACGUGGCUUUCUGUUAUCUUUCCCAUUCUUUUUGUUGGACUUAGAGUUUACACGAGAUUGUUUGUGCGAAAGGUCUUUGGUCUUGAUGACUGGGUCAUUCUUCUCUCCCUGAUUCUUCUCAUAUGCUAUGGCGCCAUCAUCGAAGCUGCGGUUCAGAAAGGUCUCGGUCGACAUAUCGAAUGGGUUCUCACCUUUGCCCCUCAGGAUGCCGUCCCGGUCGCAUUGCUGGGCCAAGUCUCGCAGCCCUUUGUCGUCAUGUCAUGCGCCUUGGGCAAGACAUCCUUCUCAAUCAGUCUCAUGCGACUGGCCGCACAGCGAUUCAUCCAUCGGUUCCUCUGGUUCAUAGUUGUCACUAUGCUUACGCUUCAUAUACUCAUCUCUAUCAUUGUAUUUGUGCACUGCGAAGACCCUCGAACAACGUGGAACCCAGCUAUUGUGAGCAAAUGCUGGCAUCCUAAUGCCUACCUUGGAGUUUUAUACUUCAUCGGCGCUUAUUCUGCUGCCACUGAUUUCAUCCUCGCGCUUCUUCCUUGGGCUAUGCUCUGGAACCUGAACAUGAAGAACAAGGAAAAGUUUGGUGUAGCUGUCGCCAUGAGCCUCGGUGUCUUUGCUGGAGCCAUCGCAGUCAUCAAAUGCACCAAACUCAAAGCCAACGCAACAAGCACUGAUCCUACCUACGACGUCGGUGAACUUCUUCUCACAGCCUGCGCUGAGAAUGCUCUCAUUAUCAUGGCUGCCUGUAUACCUACCCUCCGCCCCAUGCUUCGCAAGGUCUUUCCUUCAUCAGCCAAGUCAAGCGAGAACUCGCAUCGCUUGAAGAACAUGAACAACAUCAUGUUCGUUCCCAAGAAUAAGGCUGGUCAAUGGAGUGCCUUGAUUGAGACAGAGGCUCACCCGGAUCAUAAUUCUGAUAACCAGAGUGACAAGAGUAUUCUUAAGGAACAUCGUGGUACUAUGAAUGAUCAGGGUAAUGCUGGACCUGCUGGUGGACCAGCUAGUCCAGCAUUAUCACCCCAUAUCAGGAAAACCAUGUCGGUGAAUGUGUCAUAUGACAGGAGUAAUAGCAUGUAA